AUGGGAGGGAUCAUGCCCGGUGCUACGGAGCGAGCCUUGGUUUCUUCUGUUUCUGUCCUCUUGCUUUGGCUGAGGCCGUUUCCAGCUCAGGCGUCGGGAGAGAGAGAGACAAGGAACGCAGUGCACUGCCAGGUGCACCACGAAAUCACAGUACCUCAGUGGAGAGCAGAUGGGAGCCCUGGCAAUGACAAGCAUCCACCCAGAGCACAAGUCGAUAUAACAGCUGAAGGAAGAAAUCUCAUCUUGGAUAUUGAGAAGAAUGAGCAGCUCUUCGCACCAAGCUAUACUGAAACUCAUUAUACUAAGAAUGGAACCCCCUACACCAUCACCUUGAACCACACAAACCAUUGCUUUUACCAUGGUGUAGUGAGAGGGAUGGAAGAUUCCAGUGUGGCACUCAGCGCAUGCAGUGGUCUACGUGGCCUUAUAGUACUGAGCAACAACCUCAGCUAUGUCUUGGAACCACUUCCUCAUAGCCAGGAGCAACACUUAAUCUACAGGUCUGAACAUUUCAAGUUUCCCAGGGGUACCUGUGGAUCCGAGCAUUCAGGGUCAAAGGCCCCAGACUGGCUCACUGAGCUGACAGGCCAAGCUGAGUCAAGCCAUCAUAGAGUGAAGCGGGAUGAUGAACAGUCUAUGAAAUAUGUGGAGCUUCUUCUAGUUGCUGAUUAUGCAGAGUUUCAGAAGAAUAAUCAUGAUCUUCAAGCAACCAAGAAUAAAUUAGUUGAGGCUGCUAAUUAUGUAGAUAAGUUUUACAAAUCCCUGAACAUACGGAUUGCUUUGGUGGGGCUUGAGGUCUGGAACGACCACAAUAAGUGUGAAAUCUCUGCGAACCCACAUUCAACUUUGUGGUCUUUUCUCGCUUGGAGGCGCAAACAACUAAUGUAUAAAAAGCAUGACAAUGCCCAGCUGAUCACUGGGAUGGCUUUCCAUGGUACUACUAUUGGUUUGGCACCUCUUAUGGCCAUGUGUUCUGUCUACCAGUCCGGAGGAGUGAACAUGGAUCAUUCUGAUAAUGCCAUUGGAGUUGCAGCCACCAUGGCACAUGAGAUGGGACAUAACUUUGGCAUGAGCCAUGAUUCAGCUGGAUGUUGUACUGCCAGUGCUAAGGAUGGAGGAUGCAUUAUGGCUGCUGCAACAGGGCACCCAUUCCCCAAGGUGUUCAAUUGGUGCAAUAAGAAGGAAUUGAACAGAUAUAUGCAGUCUGGUGGAGGGAUGUGCCUUUACAAUAUGCCAGAUACCAAGACCUUAUAUGGAGGACAGAGAUGUGGAAAUGGUUACCUGGAAGAAGGAGAAGAAUGUGAUUGUGGAGAAGUGGAGGAAUGUAAUAACCCUUGCUGCAAUGCUGCUAAUUGCUCUCUGAAGCCUGGGGCUGAGUGUGCACACGGAACUUGCUGUCACCAGUGUAAGUUGAUUUCUCCAGGGACUCUUUGCAGGGAGCAAUCUAGACCGUGUGAUCUACCAGAAUAUUGUACCGGCAAAUCACCAUUCUGCCCUGCAAAUUUCUACCAAUUAGAUGGCACCCCAUGUGCAGAUGGGAGAGCCUAUUGCUACAGUGGAAUGUGCCUCACAUAUGAACAGCAGUGCUUGCAGCUCUGGGGCAAUGGAGCACAGCCAGCCCCUGAACCCUGCUUUGAGAGGGUUAAUGCUGCUGGAGAUCCCUAUGGGAACUGUGGGAAGGAUGUCAAUGGCAGAUACAAGAAGUGUGAUACAAGAGAUGCUAAGUGUGGGAAGAUCCAGUGUCAAAGUUCUGCCUCGAAGCCUUUGGAGUCCAAUGCUGUUGCAAUCGACACAACUAUCAUGUUAAAUGGAAGGCAAAUCCGCUGUCGUGGGACUCAUGUAUACAGAAAUGAAGAAGAGGGAGGAGAUAUGUUAGACCCAGGCCUUGUGAUGACAGGAACAAAGUGUGGUGACAGUCAUAUUUGCUUUGAGGGACACUGUCGGAACACCUCCUUCUUAGAUACUGGAGACUGUGGGAAGAAGUGCAAUGGCCAAGGAGUUUGCAACAAUAACCAGAACUGCCAUUGUUUCAAUGGAUGGGCACCUCCAUUUUGCAAUAAACCUGGGAAUGGAGGAAGUCUGGACAGUGGGCCCAUGCCUCAAGAUAGUCCAGUGCCAAUCAUUGCAGGAGUCCUCGUUUCUAUCUUGCUUUUGAGUGCCAUUGGAAUUGCUUUUUGCUGCUAUAAAUGGAGAGCCAGGCUUGGGACACGAAAGCAGUCUAUCAUUCCUCCAAAGAACAUGCCUCAGUUCAGCACCGCUCCUGUUCAAAAUAGUGUGAAUGGUCAUGCCAAUCCAGCCUUCAAGCUGAAAACCCCACAGGAACUUAGAAAGGUUAUUAGCACACCCAAUGUUCCUGCAAACCCUGAAGUGCUUUACUGCCAGCCAGCUCCAGAGUUUAGACUCCAUGUCCAGCUACCGCCUGCACUCCCAGAUAACAACACAAGGAAGCCUCCCGCUCCAGGGCCCCAGCGUGAGGUGAAGAAUUUGGCCAAACGAACUCCACCAAGCAGGCCAGCACCUCCUGCUCCAAAAGUCGUCAUUCCGCAGGAUUCUUCCAGACUACGACCCCCUCAGAAAGCUCUUCCUGCCAAUCCUGUUCCUUCAGGCAACAGACCUGUGUUGCCCAAGAUGAAUUCAAGUGCAGUACCGCCACAUCCGGUGGCAAGGAAUCCAGGAAUCCAUCAGGAAGAAGACAUGCUGGUCAUGUACAAUUCUCAAAAUGUUCUUCCCAGUCUCAUAUGA